CAGCGGUAGACGAAGAAAGUCCGACACAACGCAACAAUGUCGAGCCCUGGAGGUUCGACGGCGUCCACAGUCCAGGACUGUUGGGACUGCAUGCUGCCGGGCCCGCCCAGCCGCAACAACUUCGGAUCCGCCGACCUCAGCCUCUCCGGCCUCCUCGCAUUCCCCUCCGGCAGCUCCAUCUCCGUCCUCGACGCCCGCUCAAUGCAGCUCGUUGUCAGCAUCCCUAUGCCACCUCCCACCCAAUCCUCCUCCACGUCAUCGUCUCUCUCGCCUUUCGUCACCUCCGUCCGCUGGACCCCGCUCCCUCUCCGCCGCGACCUCCUCUCCACCGAGCCUUCCAGCUCCCACCUCCUCCUCGCCGCCGGCGAUCGCCAGGGCCGCAUCGCCCUCCUCGACCUCCGCCUCAAGUCUCCCGUCCUCUGGUUCGAUACCGACUCCUCCCCCUCCAAACUCGCUAUCCAGGACCUCGCGUGGGUCCAGGCCCGACCCGACUCCUACCUCCUCGCCUCCAUCUCCGGAUUCUCCUCCCUCUCCCUCUACAACAGCUCCACCGGCCGAUGCUUCUGGAAAUACGACGCGGCGCCUGAAAUUCUCUCCUGCAUCCGCCGUGACCCCUUCGAUUCGCGCCAUUUCUGUGUCGUCGGGCUCAAAGGAUUCCUGCUCUCUGUCACCGUGUUAGGCGAGACAGAAUCCGAUGUCGUCAUCAAGGAGCUUCAGAUUCGGACCGACUCCACCGAGUUGCUGAAGCUGGAGAGGGACUUGGCCGGUGGAGUCUCCGGGAACUCGUCGUCGGCCUCGGCGGCGUUCCCGAUCUACGCCGUGAGGUUCGCAUUCUCGCCACAGUGGCGGCACAUUCUUUUCGUCUCGUUCCCGAGGGAGCUGGUGGUGUUCGAUUUGCAGUAUGAGACGCCGCUUUUCUCUGCCACAUUGCCUCGCGGCUGCGGCAAGCUUCUCGAUGUGCUUCCGGAUCCGAAUCACGAGUUCCUCUACUGCGCUCAUCUUGACGGGAAGCUCAGUACUUGGCGCCGAAAAGAAGGAGAGCAGGUACACAUAAUGUGUUCAAUGGAAGAGCUGAUGCCGUCAAUUGGUACAUCUGUCCCUUCUCCUUCGUUGCUUGCUCUUGUCAUCUCCCAAUCAGAUUCGACCCUCCAGAAUGUCGGCAAGAUUUACUCUGAUGAUGUGCCUCAUUCUCCUUUCCCUGAUGUGGAUUUCGAUAAUCCUUUUGAUUUCUGUGAUGAACCUCUUCUUGUUUCUAAAACGCAUUUGAUCUCAAUUUCUGAUGAUGGAAAAAUAUGGAACUGGCUUUUGACUGCUGAAGGGCUUGAAGAUAAUCGAAAGGAUGACACAAACUUGGGUAUCAGUGAAGUGCCAGUUCCUGGGACAAAUACAAACAUUAUAGUUUCUUCUACCGGAGGACUUGACAUGGAAGCCGGUAAACAAAUAGAAAAGAUCAGUGGUGAUAGAAGCCGACCUUCAAAUUCUAUUGUCAGCCAUACAGACUUAUCACUAAAGAUUAGCUUAGUUGGACAGCUUCAGCUUCUUUCUUCAGCAGUGACUAUGCUAGCUGUACCUUCACCUUCUUCAACAGCUACUUUGGGCCGUGGGGGGAACUAUCCUGUUGUAGCUGUUCCAUUGGUUGCUUUGGGAACUCAAAGUGGGACAGUUGAUGUUGUUGAUGUUUCUGCCAAUGCUGUCGCUGCAAGUUUUUCUGUUCAUAAUGGUACUGUUAGGGGAUUACGAUGGCUUGGAAAUUCCAGACUGGUUUCAUUUUCAUACAGUCAGGUGAGUGAAAAAUCUGGAGGUUUCAUCAACAGGCUCAUUGUGACCUGUGCUAGAAGUGGCCUAAAUAGACAAUUCCGGGUUUUGCAAAAGCCUGAACGUGCACCCAUAAGAGCAUUAAGAGCCUCAUCCUCUGGGAGGUACCUUCUUAUUUUGCUUCGUGAUGCACCAGUAGAGGUUUGGGCAAUGACAAAGAGUCCUAUAAUGCUUAGAUCAUUAGCUCUUCCAUUUACGGUUUUGGAAUGGACCCUCCCAGCAGUUCCCCGACCUGCUCAAAAUGGACCUGCUAAGCAAUCAUCAUCAUCCCCCAAAGAUCACACAUCUGUGGCAUCAGAUGGGACAUCCUCUCCAACAAAGGCAUCAUCUGAUUCCAAGAGCUCGGAUGGAUCUCAAGAUGACACUUCUGAAAGCUUUGCAUUUGCACUAGCAAAUGGUGCUCUUGGUGUUUUUGAGGUUCAUGGGAGAAGGAUCCGUGACUUCAGACCGAAAUGGCCUUCUUCUUCAUUUGUCUCAUCGGAUGGACUAAUUACUGCCAUGGCCUACCGGUUGCCUCAUGUAGUUAUGGGGGACAGAUCAGGAAAUAUUCGCUGGUGGGAUGUAACUACUGGACAUUCUUCUUCGUUUAACACUCAUAGAGAAGGUAUCCGGCGAAUUAAAUUCUCACCUGUUGUGCCUGGAGACCGCAGUAGGGGGCGCGUUGCUGUACUAUUCUAUGACAAUACAUUUUCAGUAUUUGACCUUGAUUCUCCGGACCCAUUAGCCAAUUCUCUUCUACAGCCUCAAUUUCCUGGAACCCUUGUGUUGGAACUUGAUUGGUUGCCUUUGCGGACUGACAAAAGUGAUCCACUGUUAUUGUGCAUAGCUGGAGCUGAUAGUAGCUUUCGCCUUGUUGAGAUUAAUAUAAUUGACAAAAAACUUGGUCAUACCCACCAGCCCAGAUCUAUAAAAGAGAGGUUCCGUCCUAUGCCUCUAUGCUCUCCUAUACUGCUUCCAACACCACAUGCCCUGGCAUUAAGAGUGAUCUUACAAUUGGGUGUCGAGCCCUCUUGGUUUAAUACUUGCAGUACGACUUUAGAUAAGAGGCCUCACAAAAUUCCAGGAACUCCCAAGUCCAAUGAGGAUCUUCGAAGUUACAUGAUCGAUUUACCACCUAUUGGUGACCCUGUGGUACCAGAAUUGCUGCUUAAAGUCUUAGAACCUUAUCGUAAAGAAGGCUGCAUACUGGAUGAUGAGAGGGCAAAAUUAUAUGCAAUGGUGGUUAACAAAGGUUUUUCUGUGAGAUUUGCUUUUGCUGCUGCAAUUUUUGGUGAAUUCUCAGAAGCUCUUUUCUGGCUACAACUGCCUCGUGCUCUUAACCAUUUGAUGAAUAAGAUGGUAAAUAAGUCUCCACAAAAAACCCCUGCGUCAGCACCCAUUCCAGAGAUUGAUGAUGCAUCUAUGCUGAGUAGGAUAACAUCAAAAGGAAAGUCAGUGUCUGGAACAGAAAAGAAAGAUGAAAUGCAGAAUCAAGGUCAGCUCAGGUUAUUGGCUUUUGAGCCAGAGGAUUUGUGGGCAAAUGCCAGUGAACGUAUUCCUUGGCAUGAGAGGUUGGAGGGAGAAGAUGCUAUUCAGAAUCGUGUACAUGAGCUUGUCUCAGUUGGCAACUUAGAAGCUGCGGUUAGUUUAUUGCUUUCCACUCCUCCGGAGAGCAAUUACUUCUCUGCAAAUGCUUUACGUGCUGUAGCUCUUUCUUCUGCCGUGUCAAAGUCUCUCCUUGAACUUGCCGUCAAGGUUGUUGCCGCCAACAUGGUCAGGACUGACAGGUCGUUGUCUGGUACUCAUCUUCUUUGCGCUGUUGGAAGGUAUCAGGAAGCGUGUUCUCAGCUACAAGAUGCUGGGUGCUGGACUGAUGCUGCAACUUUAGCUGCUACGCAUUUAAAAGGAUCCGACUAUGCAAGGGUGUUGCUAAGAUGGGCUUCGCACGUCCUUUGCGCUGAACACAACAUAUGGAGGGCCCUCAUUUUGUAUGUUGCAGCUGGUGCACUACAAGAGGCGUUGGCAGCACUUCGUGAGGCCCAACAACCUGACACGGCCGCUAUGUUCAUCCUUGCUUGCCGAGAAGUUCAUGCCAACUUCAUCUCUGAUUUAGGCAACUGCGACGAUGAAUCUAGUUCUUUGAUCAAGGACAAGCUGCUCAACUUGCCUGGGUUAGGCCCCGAGAGCAAAGACGUUAUGGCAGUCAGCGAAUAUUACGGGCAAUACCAAAGGAAACUGGUGCAUCUAUGCAUGGACUCGCAACCAUUCGCUGAAUGAAGGAUCGGCCCUAGUCACUUGAUUACAAUCGAGUCCUUUAACUUGUCCAUAUUUACAUUGCAUACAGUUCGACGUCAGGUUAAAUUGGAAGCAGGUUGAAGAAAUCCCUUGUAUUGUACGAUGCUCUUACGGGAUUCAGGACACGAAAAAUCGAUAUCUUGGGAUAGUAAUCGACUGGGAGGAGUAUAUCAUAUAUUACUCGAAAAUGUUGUAAGCGUAGAAAAAUUUUCAGAGGACAAAUCUCAAAGUAUAGGAAAUUUUUUUGGUAGAAAAUGUAUGUAAUGAUGUUAUUUCUUCAUUACGAAAAGAGAUCGAAUGCUACGCUAUUUGGAAUUUUACUAUUAAAUAUUUCUUUUUCAAGA